CUUUCUCCUCACCUACCUUGCUCUAUUCUCCCUCUCUCCCCCUGUGUUCACCCUGUCUCUCCUCCUCUUUUUCCUUUCCCAAGUUGUUGUCCGGUUGCGGAUGUCUCGUCACCUCCCACUGAGGUCGGAGGCCAGCUGGAGUCGGGAGGCGGGUCCGCGGCAGCAGUGAUGCGGGCUUCGGUGGCAGGCUGCAGGAUGAGCAUGGGCGCGCUCCUUAACGGGCUGCUGGUCUCCGUGGUCGCAGCUCUGCUCUGGAAGUAUUCCAAGCUGAGCGAACACGCCGCCCUGCUGGAGGAUGAGCUGCACAUGACACGGCAGUCCCAGGAGCUCUCACAGGCCCGCAUCGACUACCACGUUGCCCUGCAGGCCCUUCAGGAACACGGCACCCGCAUGGUCUGCACCGGCAAGAUGCACACCGACCGUGUCUGCCGCUUUGACUACCUCUGCUACUGUUCUGAGGCAGAAGAGUUUGUGUUCUUCCACUCCAAUUCCUCUGUCAUGUUGCCAAACCUGGGGUCGAGGCGCUUUCAACCUGCCCUGUUGGACUUGUCCUCUGUAGAGGAUCACAACACCCAGUACUUCAACUUUUUAGAGCUCCCGGCUGCUGCUUUAAAGUUUAUGCCUAAACCUGUGUUUGUACCGGAUGUGACACUGAUCCUAAACCGGUUUAAUCCAGACAACCUAAUGCACGUGUUCCACGAUGACCUGAUCCCAGCUUUCUACACUAUGAAACAGUAUUCGGACUUAGAUGAUGAGGCGCGUUUGGUUUUUAUGGAGGGCUGGGGCGAAGGCCCACACUUUGACCUCUACCGACUUCUUAGCAGCAAGCAGCCACUGCUCAAAGAGCAGCUUAGGAACUUUGGCAAGCUCAUGUGUUUCACUAAAUCCUACGUUGGUCUGUCCAAGAUGACCACCUGGUACCAGUACGGCUUUGUUCAACCACAGGGGCCCAAGGCCAACAUGUUGGUCUCAGGAAAUGAGAUCCGACAGUUCGCGAGGGCUCUGAUGGAGAAAAUGAACAUCACAAGGGUGGAUGAGGUGGAGAAGGAUGGAGGGAGUACCGAAGAUGAGAAAGAGAGAAGGGAUGAUUACGUUGUCGUGUUCAGUCGCUCCACAACAAGGCUGAUACUGAAUGAAGCGGAGCUGAUCAUGGCGCUGGCCCAGGAGUUCCAGAUGAGAGUGGUGACAGUGUCCCUAGAGGAACAGUCUUUCCCCAGUAUCGUCCAGGUGAUCAGCGGCGCUUCCGUGUUGGUCAGUAUGCAUGGCGCUCAGCUCAUCACCUCACUCUUCCUCCCCAGAGGAGCUGCUGUGGUGGAGCUGUUCCCCUUUGCUGUGAACCCAGAGCAGUACACCCCGUACAAAACCCUCGCCACCCUUCCAGGCAUGGACCUACACUACAUCUCCUGGAGGAACACUAUGGAGGAGAACACCAUCACCCAUCCAGACAGAACCUGGGAGGAAGGGGGCAUCGCUCACUUGGAGAAGGAGGAGCAAGAGCGAAUACUGGCCAGCAGAGACGUCCCAAGGCACCUGUGCUGCCGCAACCCAGAGUGGCUCUUCCGGAUCUACCAGGACACUUUGGUGGACAUCCCUUCCUUCCUGGAAGCCAUUCAAGAGGGCAUGAGGACAAAGCCAAGCGUGAAGAAGACAAAGCCGGCCAGCACAGUCCACCCAGGCCGGGUCAGGGAACCCCAGUGUCAGACCUCGGUGCAAACCACCAACGAGGCAAAACUCACAGUCUCCUGGCAGAUCCCGUGGAAUCUGAAAUACUUGAAGGUGAGAGAGGUGAAGUACGAGGUGUGGAUCCAGGAGCAGGGAGAGAACACCUACAUGCCUUAUAUCCUCCCCCAGCAGAACUACACGUUUUCAGAGAACAUCAAGCCCUUCACCACCUAUCUGGUGUGGGUCAGGUGUAUCUUCAACAAGAAUCUCCUGGGCCCCUUUGCAGACGUUCUUACGUGCAGGACCUAGUGCAAACAUUUAGCCAGUUUGUUGUGUUGCAGUUAAACAUAAAAGGUUGAGUCGUGCUUGUUCCAGACACUCACAUUAGAAGAGUGGAGUGUUUGAUUACACCUUGUCCAGUGGGGAGUUGGCAAAUGUUAUAUGGGAUACCUUUACAUCCUAGAGCAGGAUGCUGAGCUCUUGCACAGUAAUGUUCCCUGGCCAGCACAGACAGCAUACAGAUGAACUUCAAAAAACUUAAACCACAGGGUCAGAACUUAAUGAAUGGAAAGUAUAUUGUACCCAUGAGAGAAAGAAAGUGCUUAACCACGUCUCUACCGAAAAACAAAUCAGAAGAUUUAUUUAUGUGCAAACGAUAUAUAACAUGUUUUUUUAGUAUUAGUCCAAACACUGGUUCUUUAACUUUUACAGUAUGCAAUAUAGCUUUUCUGUGGAGAGCAAGAAGGAUUUUAGAAUAGCAGGAUUUUUUCUGACUUGUCCAAUGUCGACUGUGUGCUUGAUACCUGUGUGGCUGAGUUCACCUACCAGUUGUUUAAUUACAUACACCGUCAUUUGCAGAACCUAGCCAAAAACCAAAGCAACAUCUUCCGUCAUUCAUGCCAUAUUACUUAUUCGUGUCCCAUACUUCUAAUGUUUGCUGAAAACUUGUCCUUAAAGACAUUAUGAAGGAUUUGAGUAAAACAAGUGUCAAGCAAGGUUUCACAUGAAUUCCACUGAAAUCAAUGUUUUUGACCCUGAAAGCAAAGACGUGUCAUUUCAUUGUAUGGAGCAUUUUGUGGGAAAAGACCCUGUUUUUAAACAGUGCUGUCUUUAAAUUGUCACCUUAGAUGUUAUAAAUAUAACAACACACAAGUGUUUGUUUCCACAGUGUCAAGCCACAAAUAAUUCACAUCCGUUUUACUGCAUAUAUACAUGAUUUUUCUCUAAUGGGCACUAAUUACUACAGUAAUAAUUAUAAUUUCUGUGGACAGUGAAUCCAUUACGCCAGGCUAUAAUUAGUGGAGUAGCAGUAUGCUGCUGGACGGUCAGAUUACACGGCAGUUUCAUUAAGAUAAUAAGGUAUGUUGCUGCCUAGGAUUCCACUGACUUGUGUAAAACUAUUAAUUCAAAGGAAAUUCCCAGCUGUGUUUGUCUUUACUUUCCUCAAAGGUUUUUGUAGCUGUUAAGAAGAAUGUUGAACUUUAGUUUAAAACAACCAACUGACAUCAAAAGGUGGCUGUUGAAGUUGUAUUUUGUACCGUUUCUAAUGAAGUGCUGCUUGUUGGUAGCUAGACUGCAAAAAUGUGUUACAUUUUUUAUUUGAGAAACAUGAAUUGGAGGUGUUAGUUUGUGGUAGUAGAGCUGUAGCGAGAGAUGGUUUAUGGAAAUGAACGUUAAACAAAUCACUGCCACCAAUAUAUUGUGAUAUUGUGCCAUUAUUACGGAGAUGUUUUUUACUUUUUCUUGAACUUAAUAACUCACGUGUUCUCACUCCCAACUCCUCAAAUAUGGCAGCUUGGUCAGUGGCCCUACGCGUCCAUCUAUGGCAGACCAAUGUUCGUGUCCCUUGUGAAACCAAAAGUCAGUGUUGACUUAUGUAUGCAUAACAUACUUACCGUAGUUAUUAAUAACCCAAACAAUUAUUUUUUCCCCCAAACUUUACCAAGUUGUUCUGUUAGAAUUCACCACGUUAACCACGUGUUGAGCCUAGCGAACUACCCGCUGCGUUAGUUGACAAAUGUCACUAACGCAGUACCCGGUGGGUUUCAAACCUACGGGAAGUGGUGUUGACCAAUCUUCAGUAUGUGACGAGUUGGGAGUGAGGAUGUGUUGCUAUCAAGCAAUCCUCUAAACAUCACAUUGCCGUAUUUGAAGAUCAUAUCCUUUACCUUAGAUUUUCAAUCCUUUUUUCUCAGUUUUUCCCUUCCGUGAUAUUUUUUUUUUCUGAUGUUCUCAAAUGCAGUUCUGUUUGCCAAUGCAUGUUUAAGAGAUUAUUUUAAGCCAUUGUUGUGUGUGCAGGAUGUGAUGGAUUAGACAUGUGUGUGUUUGUAUUGUUGUUUAGAUUUGUGUGUUGCUCUGUCCCUCCUCAGUGGAGACGUGAUACUGUAUGUGCUAAAUGAAAUGAGAGAGUACAAGUCCCUGUUUUCUACUUUAGCAAAUAGUUUGUUUCUUUUUCAGUAACUGUGAUUGAAUAAAGAAGCUUAUUUCUUACAGUAUCUGUUUUGUUUCAGCAGUUUUUAUCAUUACUUCAAUUGUAA